UAAGUGGCGCAAUUGUAAGAGUAGGAACUAUAUAAUUCUGACACAACCUGUGAUUAGCAGGAAGUUCAAGUUCAGUUUCAGUGAACUCUGUAACGUUCAGUGUAUAUAAUAUAUCGGCAUAAAUCUCUAAUCAUCUUUGUUUCCGGCACAUUUUAUUAUAACGCAGCGUUUUACAAUACGUUUGUUUUUAACUUAACGUAUUAUUGUUAUCAUCGUCUGUGUGAUUAUUAUUGUCAUCUGCAGCGAGCCUAUUGAUAAAACUCGUCAACCAUAUAGAAACGUGAAAAUUGGAGAGUGGCAUAAACAGCCUCAAAAAAGCUCAAGUAUCGAGUUUUGAACAAUUUUGGAAACGAGAAAAUACGCCAGUUCAUACAUAUCCUGUAUUUUUCAAACUCGAGGCAUAGUUUUUAAUACAACGCUUAAAAACGCGACAUACUUUACAACAAGCGAAUAUAUAUAUAUACGUAUACGUAUACAUAUAUUCACGUAUCUAUGUACAUGAAGUACAACGUAUAUAUUUCGCGUUCAAUAUUAUAAUAAUUUUGUACACUGAGAUAGAGUGAAAUGUUGCGCGUGUAUACGUAUAGCGAUGAACAUAAUCGAUAAUAAAGAAUACAACGCGUGUUACGUGAUCGGAAUCUAGCGAUUAUAUCAUUAUGCAAAGCAAACAGAACGAUAAACACGCUUCGGCUCGUCGCUGCAUCUGCAAAUCCGCAAAACUGAUAUUAACAUUUCGUUAUUAAUUACUUUCUUAAAAUUUGUAUCAACCAUUACAUAAUCGUAACACAUCUCGCGCUGCAAGCGGUAUACACGCAUACAUAAUAAUUACAAAAGAACGCUUUCGCGUCGAAAAUUCGCUGCGAUCAGCUUGCAGAGGAUUAUCGUUGGUUCCUGAUUAAGAUAUUCGUUGAUAGCAUUUGCGCAAAGUUCUUUAAACCAGAUGGUUUGUGGCAGUGAUGCCCUCGUCCGAGGAGGAGAGCUUACUGUGGCUUGCGGGGAGCGGCGGAAGUACGGGAUCCGUUGUGGGAUCUGUCCAGGGGUCAGUGGGUUCGGUAGGAUCCGCACCGUCGGCUCAUCAUCAUCCUGCGACCGGCGGUCACCGCUCCGUUACAAUUAGAGCCGGAUUAUUGUACACCGAAGAGAUGUCUUCCCAGGGUCCAGGCAGUGCCGCCGUCGCCGCUGCCGCAGGCGUAACUCCUGCAUCGGCCGACCCCGCUGAACACGACCUGAUCGAUUCCACCGCCGACGCGACCCUCCUCGCACAAUUUCACGAGGACGCUAUCAAGCAGGCUGGUGUCGGUUCCUUUCAAGCAUUAGUCGCACUCUGCGCUGGUUUGAGUCUCGCCGCAGACACCGUAGAGUUUUUCGUAGUACCUUACAUCCUGCCCAGUGCCGAAGUCGAGCUGUGUAUAGAAGACAAUGAAAAAGGAUGGCUAGGCAAUAUAACUUUGGUCGGUCUAGCCCUCGGAGGAUUAUGCUGGGGCGGACUAGGCGACAGGUUGGGAAGACGGAGAGCUUUGCUUUCCGCAAUGGCUGUGCACGCUCUGUUCAGCGGUGUGGCUACCUUCAUGCCGACAUACGGCACUUUCAUGACCGCUAGAUUCUGCUCCGCAAUCGGUGUUGGUGGAGCGCUUCCUUUGUCAUUCGCAUACCUCGCAGAAUGCUGCCCUAGGUCCAGCAGAGGCUGUUGGACUGGUGCUCUAGUCGGCGCUGGAGCUCUGGGCGGCGUUUAUGCGGCGCUUUUGGCCUGGGCUGUUGUGCCGACAACAGGGGAAAUGGUUGUUCUUGAGAACAAGGAGCACUUUAGUGCCUGGCACAGAUUUCUUCUGCUUUGUUGCCUUCCUGCACUUAGUGCAACAAUCGGGCUUGUAUUUUUACCUGAAAGUCCACGCUACCUUGUCGAGGCAGGAAGAGACGUCGAGGCAAUGAUGGUGUACCAGAGAAUAUACAAGAAGAAUAGCGCUCGCAAAGGCGGAACUGGCGCUCAGUAUCAGCUCUCGGAAUUGGAAUUGCCGAGCAAGCGGCCCAGAGGAUUGGCUCCAUCUUCACCAGCAACACAUGCCAGCGUUUUAGCCGAUAUUUUAUACUCCAUUGAAAUGUUUUGGAACUCUUUUCUGCAGCUGUUCUCGCCUCCUCAUCUGCGCAUCACAAUCGUUCUACUCAUCAUUUGGGUAGCUGCCGCAUUUGGCCUCUACGGUCUGAUGGCAUGGUGUCCUGAAUAUUUGAAACUUCUUAGGGCAACAGAAUACGAAGCUCAGACAAUACAUUAUGCCGACAAGACUCACAAUGGAAGAGUUUUUAAUGGGUCUCUGGAAAAUCUUCAAUACAAAAACUCUAAAUUUAUCAACUGCAAAUUUACAAAGAUGAUAUUCAGCCACGUCGAUUUUGACAACUGUACGUUUCAGAAUGUCGAAUUUAGCAGCAUUAAAUCUAGCAAAACACACUUCACCGACAGUACAAUCGUAGACUCAAAAUUCGUGGACACAGAUCUGUCAGCGCAGGUCUUUAUUAGAUGUAAAUUGGAGAAUAAUACGGAGCUAAGCCUUAGCGGUCCGUGCCCAAGCCUCGACUUAGACUACAACAUAUACAUUGAGGAGGCACUGCACGGCCAUCUCGUGGCGCAGCUGGCCUUCGUCCCUGCGGCAGCUCUGGCUGGGUUUGCGCUGACUGUUGUCCAACGGCCGAAGAUGAUUGGCAUAUCAUUGUUCCUGUCGUCUAUGGCUGCACUCUCUCUCAUGCUCGUGGGCACAAACAGUUUGGCAAUUCUUGGCUUCGAGGGAGGAUUUAUUGUGGUUUUCGCAGUCGCCUGGACCUCACUGACCUUGGCUACGGUCGAGAGCUUCCCUACGCACCUGAGGUGUACUGGUUUUGGCUUCAUGACAGCAGGCAUACGAUUAUCGGGCUUGAUAGGCACAGCUACUUACCAGACUUUGAUUGGCGCGCCGCUAAUAGCGCCAGCACUUCUGACAGCGACGGCAUUGUUCAUCGGUAGCAUAGCUACCUUCAAGCUACCACAAACCCAUACUGUCUUUUUGUAAAAGAAAAAAGAAGAAAAAAUUAAGUCAUAAUGAAUUAAUAUGUGGGUUCGGUACCUGAUUGACGACUUUUUAAACAAAUUGUAUAUGUCUACCAAUGAAGAAAGUAUGUUUGCUCGUAUGUGCGUGUAUGCGUGUGUGAAUCUUAAAUUGUCGUUUGAUUUGUGAGUUUGUUUUUUUUCUGUUUUGUCGUCUCCAAGAAAGAAACAAGCUCCUAGGUACGAAUAUCUACAUCAUUUAAUCACAUUCUUAGCGUCAAAUAACAAUCAACGGUAUUUUAUAUAUGUAUUAUAGUUCGAUGUCGACAAAUACUCACCGCUGACUUGGUGCUGCUGUAAACGAAACCGCAAAAAUUCACAAAAAAAGUUGUUAGGCGAGUAAGUGUUUCAGCUAUGGCACAAAAAUUCAAUUGUGAAAAAAAGAAAGGUACUCUCGCCAAUCUUUAUAGUCACCGACAGGUUGUAAUGAAAAAAAGAACCCUUAAAUUUAAUAUUGUAUAAUGUAAAAAUAUUCUACGAGCUUGAACUCUCACGUAUUACAAAUCUAUUGAAAUGAGUUGAAUUCAAUAUAUUUAUAGCAAAUGGCAGAAAAAAUUAUUCAUCAAAGUUGAAAAUUAUGUCCUGACCUACUUGACUUACGCCAAACAUUGCUGCUAACUAUAAAGCGUAAUAGAAAAUUCAAUUUUGAAAAAUAUAACACCGUGCACGCUGCUUUUAACUUGUUAUACUAGAAUUUAACACCUCUUCGUUUAUUCAAUCAAGAAUGCUAACAUGUAGAGAUGAGUCAAUGAGAUUAUUAUCCCCUAAUUCCCGUCGUCGUAGAUUGCUGAGAGUUGUUAUGUAUACACAGACAUUAAUGAUGUAUGUUUAUUAAAAUAUUAGCCGAAUAUUUAAAAAAGUAAAAAAAAAAAAACGAAUGGCAAUUUAAAAGUAGCCGGUUCAUUUAUGAAUUAGAAUUUGAAUCGGUAACUUUUUUAAAUGCGUACGUCCCAUUGUGGUUAGUGAAUUGUUGUUUCAUAUCAAAUUGUUAUUUUAUAAUGGAUGAAGAUUCGGGGAGAGUGGAAAGGCCGCUAUUAUAAUAACGAAAUGGUAUUUUUAUUUGAAUUUUUUUUUUAUAGCUUCAUGUAAACAAAUUGCAUGAUAAUGAUUGUGAUCUUUUGAAGAUGAGGACAUUUCUGAAAAAAGAAUUUGAUAUCUACGAAAAAGCAAGAUUAUCUAAUUCGUUGGCUGUUGCGCACUUGUACUAGAGCUAUAUUGUAUUGUUAGAUAGUUCUAUCAUAUCAUUAUUUGUAUCAAAAUUGAAAUCUGACUAUAAAACGAAUGGAAAAUAGAAGGAGAAGGGAAAAUGACGAGUGCUGCGUUUAGAUACAAAUUAUUGUUUGAUUUUACAUAUCACGUUUUAAGUAGAGUUGAAGAGAUAAUUUGGUUCAUUAGCUUACGAUUAUGGUUGUUAUCAUUAAUAUCAUUAUCAUCAUUAUAAUCAAUUUUAGAUAAUUACCGUGCAUAUACAGGUAUUUUUAACAUUUAGGAUUAAAAUGAGAAAAUUUGAAGAUGGGUAAAUUUAAUUUAUACAAUGAUGUGCAAGAUUUGAUGAUGUAGCUAAGAAGGAAAGAGCCGGUGAGCGAGGGUGACUAUGUGGUCCGAGGCAAUAUUAUUAUACAUAAUCUUAUGUUUCACUUAAUCUUAGGGAUGGUUACAUAUCGAGGUUUUUUAGUAACAGACUUUCUAUAUACUAUAUAUAUAUAUUCGUAUACGUAUAUUUAUAUUUAUAUGUUUGACGCGUACGGUCUUGGAUGAUUGUAAUCACAUCACAUGACAAUUUGACUGGAUUGAAAAGGAGAUAAAAACAGAAGAAAAAGACUUUGCUACUCAAAUCACAGCACUCAGCACUUAGAGUGGAGACUGUUUUAGCUUUUAAUCAUUACACAUACCGUUUAUAUUGUGUUAUAUAUCAUAUUAUUUAGUCGCUAUGAAAUACGUAGCUUCGAGUAAUAACUAUGUUAUGAAACUAACCAGUGAGCGUUAUCGCGACUUCAUUCAUCCCAAAGUGAGUUAUAAUAGAGAAAGAUGACCAUAAUAAAAUCAAAUGUACCAUUUAACAUGCCAAUAUCGUAGUUCGUUCAAAACUCGCAUUGGAAUAACAAUAAAAAGCAGGAGUAAAACAAAGAUCCAGUCACGAAUUAUCACAGGCUGCGAGUUUGUCAAAAUACUAUUAAGCAUUAUUUCUCUUCGUCACAUAAUAAGAAAAAUACUAUAAAUAGAAAAUAAUGACACUUUCAAGAGACACUUCUACAAGCAAUUGAUACAGAAAAUUAUUUUGAUACGAAGGAAUAAUAAUACAAAUUCGAUCAGUCAUUGCAGCCUGUGUCAAUGAAGAAGAAUAAAACAAAUAGAAAUUAUAGGAUUCCAAAGUGAUGGAUCGCAGAAGAGUAUCAACAUUUAUUGUCUCUCAAUUAGUUCUUUUCCAGACUUUACGAAUAAUAUAUCAAUUCGCUUUAAACAAUGAACGCAAAUAGAUAUAAAUAUGUAUGUAAUACAAUGUUAAUCAUUUGGUCAGCCCGAAAUAAGUAAUAAAAUAUAUGUAUCAAGAAUA